AUGGAUCUUCAUAUUGAUAAAUCUUGCUCAACUGCCUCUGAGAUUUCACAACUACUUCACAAUGUUAAGAAUCCAUAUAAUGAAAUCAAGCAUAUAUUUUAUUUAUAUAAAUUUGCAUCGCUUGUAAUCAUAUUGCUGUUGAUGGUUUAUUGAAAAUUAAAGGAUAUUAAAAUUUACCAACAAAUUGUGCAGCUAGAAAAUCAACUGAAAACAGUGGGAUUUUAAAAUUGGAUUAUCAUGUUUUAGGUUUCAGCCACUACUUCAUAUCUUAAUAAGUUUUAUGCAUCUGCUAGCAUUGGCUGAACAAAUGGAGCAUUAUCAGCAUAUGGAUUUACUUUUUCUGCUUGGCAAACUUAUUUCAAUAAUUGUAUUUCAAACAAUACAGCUAUGGAUGCAUUGCUAACCUAUAUAGUUGUACAUCAUUAGUUCCAUCUAAUUGUUAAUUAAGCUCUAAAACAAAAGGUGAUUGUUAUUGUAAUGGCAGUAGCUGUGUUGAUAGAACGUGUUUUAAUAUUAUCCCAACAACACAUGAAAAUUGCUAGGGUAAAUUUAAUUUUUGUACAGUGGAUAAUGAAGGAACUGUUUAUUAAUGA